AUGGCGGCGAUUAUCCGGUGUUGCUCCUCCUUCUCCCAUACUUCCGGCGGCCGACCUCCGCCGCGCGAAAAAUCUCGAGGUCCAGUCCUCUUACUGGAUUUGCCAUUGCUUUUCUCAGAUAUGUCAAAGUUUGCUACAUCUAUAGGCUGCUCUGUAGUCAGAAAACCUGGGGAUCAUCAUCCUCUCUCCAAGAUUAAACAUUUGUCUGCCCAGCCCAAGGAUCGUGAAUGCAAGGAAUUCUUACCAACACCAUUCGCCAGCGUGGGAACUCUUGACAAGUUGUCAGAUUUUGAGGGAAUUGGGAGGCUCAAAUUACCGGCGAUGGCAGUCUUAUUGACAAACUCCUUACUGAUGGGUACACCACUCGAAGCUUUGGCUGCUGAGAUAUGUGAGCCAGAGAACUCCAUGUUCAGCAUGCCAGUUUUGUCGCUUGUAGCUCUUGUUGGAGCCACUGUUGGAGGUAGUAAUGUGCUCUUUCUUCAAUGGUUGCUUGCUCGGCAGAGGAGAGGGGAGUUACAGAGGUUGAAUGAACAACUACGGCAGAUUAACGCAGCUCUUAGGAGACAAGCGAAAAUCGAGUCUUAUGCACCAGGCUUAAGCUAUGCCCCAGUGGGAGCAAGAAUCGCAGAGAGCGCUUCGCUGCAACGUCAAGGGAAGUACAGAGAAGCCAUACAGUAUCACUCCAUGGUUCUAGCCAUCUCAAAGAGGGAAGGAGAAGAUUCUGGAUGCACUGAAGCAUAUGGAGCUAUUGCAGACUGUUACACCGAGCUGGGAGAUCUCGAGAAAGCCGGGAAUUUCUAUGACACAUACAUUGCUCGGUUAGAGACAGACUGA